UCCUUCUUUAAAAUGGGGCUUUCAGAAGAUAUGUAAACAAUGUUAUCCAAGCUGAUGUUUGCCUUGUUGGGUUUAUUAUAAAAAACAAAAAGAUCCAAAACUGAAAAGAAGUGAGCGUUUCCUCUUUUGAAACAGAGGGACAAAGUUUUCUAUUUAUUUUGUUCGGAAGGAGAGGAAAAGGAGACAUGCACAAAAUUCAAGCUUAGUAAGAUAGAACACUGCUCACUAGCGUUGUUUCUCAUCCAUUUUGUCAAAAUCCCAAAGUAGUCUAGAACAAUGCAAAACAAAAGGGAUUCUGUUGUCAGUUCUCAUUCGACGUGCACCUAUGUUGUUGGCGGCUCAUCUUGGGAGAACUCAACCGGAUCUCAUAUCCAGCAAUCAAACAUGUCUGAAAGCUUGAGCCUGAAGAUGGGAGUUCUGCCUCGGUACUUAAAUAACGCCAAGCAGCUGAGUUUUCAGUUCCAAGACCAGGAUUCAUCAUCAACUCAAUCAACUUGUCAAUCUUAUCCUGAAGUAGCUAGUGCUGGUGAUAGCACUCUUCAUGAGCAAAGUUUAAUUUCAGCAUCAUCAGUGCACGGGGAGCUUGUUGGAGGUCAUGCUAAGUUAGUCUCCUCAAUGGGAACUCAGGCACAUGGGCCCGAUCCUUCACAAGUUGACUUUAACAAAUCAAUCGCUCAGAUUCCUCCCACUUAUGCUGAUCCGUAUUUGAGCGGUGUGGUAGCUUCUCCGUAUGCACCGCAAGCUAUGAUUCAACCUCAUACGAUGGCUAUGCUCCCUGGUCGUGUUCCAUUGCCUCUAGAGCUUACACAAGAUGAACCAGUCUAUGUUAAUGCGAAGCAAUAUCAGGCUAUUCAGAGGCGAAGACAGUUUCGUGCGAAACUUGAGGCUCAGAACAAACUCAUCAAAGUUCGGAAGCCGUAUCUGCAUGAGUCUCGACAUCUUCAUGCUUUAAAACGAGCUAGAGGAAGCGGCGGGCGUUUUCUCAACACAAAGAAGCUCCAGGAAUCGAACGGUAUGCCUACAAGCAAUGGACAAGAGAUGUACAUCUCCAACUCCGGAGUUCAUCAGCUGGAAACCUACAAAGAUGCUGCUUUGACCACCUCUCGUUCCAAUGUCACGACUGCCUCCAACAAUGGUGAUAUGUUCCAGCAUCCGGAUUUCAGGUUCUCCGGCUAUCCUUCUCACAGUGCUGGACCCAUGCCCGGUCAUGCCGGUGAUGUGCAAGGUGGUGGGAAUUUCCACCAUCAUCUCUGAAGAUAGAGGAGUUAACAGAUACUCAUCAGAGCAGUCUUGCAUUUGGUGCCUCAAUGCAGAAAAAAAGUGGCGGCUUUACCCUCUUGGGAAGUCAUCCUUGGCUCUAUUUACUUUGCUGUUCUAGUUUACUGUUUUUAAACCAUGGACCUGGAUCGGUUGUCUUGCCGAUAAACUCAUAACUUGCUGUGGUUUUUUACCGUUUAUGUUCCGAAGAAACUUGGUGAAUUGGUGACUGGUGGUGUCAUUUAAAACAUAAGAUAAAGAUGCAUGGCUUGACAAUUAGAUCA